AUGGAUGUGAAACGUCAACUCAUCUUAAAUUUGGACAAACGCGGUUAUCGAAUCAUUGAUAUUUUCCGACAGCUACAAAACGAACAGGUCCGCAUGACAUUUAUUGAACGUACUAUCAAACGAUACAAGGAGCGUGGAACUGUCUACAUACAAAAGAAACCCGGGAGAAAAAGAUCCGUUCGUACAAAAGCACUCAUCAAACAAGUCAAAGCCAAAAUUCGCCGAAAUCGCCAAAGAAGUGCCAGAAAGCUGGCUCAAGAGCACAAUAUUAGCCGGUCUUCGAUGCGACGUGUUUUAAAAGAAGACUUAAACACGACACCUUUCAAAAAAAGCCGUCGACAUGGUCUUACGAUCAAAAAUAUGCAAGCCAGAAAACAAAAAUGCAAAGAACUGUUGCGCCGGCACUCCAAUUCAAAAAUCGUUUUUUCGGAUGAAAAGUUGCUCUUGCUACAGCCAAGUCUCAAUGCAAAAAAUGAUCGUGUGUGCGCAGUGUCUGUAAUAGACAUUCCUGAAUAA